AUGCGUGAGGUCUUGGAGGAAACUGGAUUUGAUAUCUCAAAGCUACUCAAGAAAGAAGAAUAUAUCGAGUUCACAUUCAGACAGCAAAGAGUGCGCCUUUACAUAGUUGCUGGGGUGGCAGAUGAUACAGCUUUUGCACCACAAACAAAGAAGGAAAUCAGUGUGUAUGAAAUUGCAUGGCAUUGGGUUGAUCAUCUUCAGCCAGCAAGCAAUGAGGUGAUAACUCAUGGAGUUGCUGGUCUCAAGUUGUAUAUGGUGGCUCCCUUUCUUGCGUCGUUGAAGUCGUGGAUAUCCAAGCAUCCGGCACCUGUAGCACGGAGACCUGAUAAGCCCCUUAGAGCACUUUCCGUAUGGAAUGCAAAGACUAGUAUUGGUGGAGGAAACGGAACAACAACAACAACAACGGAAAGCUACAAUAAAAAGCCAGAAGAACAGGACACAAUAUCUGGAAACGCAUUCAGAAGCUUCAAGUUCAACAUGUCAGCUAUCUUGCAGGCGGUGGAACUAGGUUAGUCGUAUGUAGGUAUGAUAAGGUUAGGAUUAAUGGGUUUGUGUAUAGCAAAACCGUUGGAUAUGUUCAUACGCUUGUCCUUGUAAGUGAAAGAUGUUUGAAAAGCGACCAACUUGAGUCUAUGCAAAUAUUAUUGUGAAAUACAACCAAAUGCAAUCACCAAACAUAAUAGUCCUCCCUUCA